AUGCCGGUUGCUCCUGAAAACAUUCAUGUAAUGCUUAUUACCAUUGCCUUACUAGGCCACCUGAAUCCUAUGCUGAAGUUCGCCCGCCGCCUCACCCGCAAAGGUGUCAAUGUAACCCUAGCCACCACCGAGAUGGACUGUCGUCGCAUGCCGAGGAACAAGACCCUUGCCUCCGAUGGGUCGCUCAGCUCCACUACUGCACCAAUCAACGUCGAGUUCUUCUCUGACGGUUUGAGCCCCGAGUUCGAACGGGAUAAGCAUGGAGAAGUAUUCUUCGAGUCCCUCUACAAUGUUGGGUCCAAGAACUUAUCGGACCUCCUAGCUGAACUCCACGCCAAGGGCAUGAGGUUUUCUUGUGUCGUGUACAACCCCUUCUUGCCAUGGGUAGCAGAAAUCGCGAGCGAUCACGGUAUACCGUGUGCGGUGCUCUGGAUACAGGCCUGGGGGGUGCUUUCCAUCUACUACCAUUACUGCACAAAUCCUCAUCAUUUCAUCGACAUGGAAAAGGACCCAAAUGCGAUCAUCCGAUUGCCCCAGAUGUCUCCGUUGGCAGUGAAAGAUCUUCCUUCUUUCAUUUUGCCGUCCAGUCCUCCUUUCUUGAAAAAGUUAGUUUUGGAUUUUACCCGAAGUUUGAAGAAAGUGAAAUGGGUUUUGGGGAAUUCCUACGAUGAGCUCGAGGAUAAGGCGCAGUUAUUGCCGAUAGAUUUGCGGUCUUCGCUUCGAUCGGUUGGUCCAUUGGUGUCGCCGGCAAUGCUAGGGCAAGAAGUGGAGGAAGCUAAUAAUAUUAGUGGUGGACUCGACACGUCGAAUGUCGAAAGUUCAUGCAUGAAAUGGCUUGACCAACAAACCCCAAACUCGGUCAUUUAUGUCUCUUUUGGGAGCAUGUUAAUUUUAUCACAGAGCCUAGUCGAGAACAUAGCAAUGGGGUUGAAGAAUAGCAAUAGGCCAUUCCUUUGGGUGGUGCCGCCACCGGAGAUGGCCUUCAUGAAGGCGGCCAUCGAAGGAGAGCCACUGCACAAGUUCAUGGAGGAGACAAUGGGGCGGGGGCUCGUAGUGAUGUGGAGUCCUCAGGAGUUGGUGCUUACCCACCCCGCAAUAGCCUGUUUUGUGACGCACUGCGGAUGGAACUCUGCUAUUGAGACAGUAUCGGGAGGAGUCCCCGUCAUCGCCACCCCGAAGUGGUCGGACCAGCCCACGAAUGCAAAGCUCUUGGUCGACGUGCAUAAGAUUGGAGUCACAUUGGGAAACGUUUUGGAGGAUGCGAUCAGUGCAAGAGGGGUGGAGGAUUGUAUAAAGGAGGUCAUGGAAGGGCCGAGGGCAUUGGAGAUGAGGAAAAGAGCAAUGCAGCUGAGGGAGGCAGCACGAAGAGCUUUAAGAGAUUGCGGGUCUUCUGAUAAAAACAUUGAUGAUUUUAUCAAUGAGAUUACAGGCAAAAUGUAG